CCAGACCAGACGUUCUCCUGCAUUCGCCGCGUGUGGACAUUGUUAACGGUAGAGCGCUUCGUAGAUCGUUUUUCGCAAAAAUAUAAAACAAAAAAGUUCUAAAGUGAAAAAUACCUAACCUAACCUCUAAAACAUAAUCUAAAAAGAAAAACAACUAAAAUUCAUGCAAACAUUUUUCCUUCGCUCUCUCUCUCUCAUUCGCUCUGCGAAUUUGUUUAAACAAAUAAAAUAAAAUUCACUAUUUUCAUUCCAAUCAGAGUUCUUUACACCGAGAAAACCUAAUUUAUUGUGUGAAACUUGCAAUCAAAGUGGAAAUUGGAAAAUCGAAAGAAAACCAAAACCAAAACCCAAAAAAAAAGAAGUUCCAAGUCCAAGUGUCAAGUCAACGAAAAUACAAAUGAGAUAAAUUUUACUUUUUUGUGGGAAAAGUCAAUUAUUCGAUUUUCUCUCGUGCAUUUUUAUUUAUUUACACGCAACGCGAUGGAGUAGAAAUUACAAUCAGAAAACAAGAAAAAAAAAAAACAACAAAUAGACGAGAAGACCGUGAAGACCGAAAAGACGAGACGAACCCCCGCCAGGAUCGAACUUAUCCGCGAUUGACCUUUACCUUGUUGGUUUAUUAUUCUGUGGAUUUUGGUGUUUUUGAUUUAAUUAAAUUCAUUUUCUUCGACAGAUAAGAAAAUCACAAAAUACCUACCGACCUAGGAAAAGUUGUGAGAAAAGAAGAAAAUUCAUUUCACAUUUCACAUCGGUGCGCGAUUUUCGAGUAGAAUUUUCUUCGUCCUUCAGCCAGCUCCAGCUUUCUGCUUUAGCCUCUGCUGCUGCUGCUGCUACUCUCUCGGUUGUGCGAAAAUUCGGGUGGAGUUUUCUUGAGUACGUUUUUCAAUUUUUUUUUUUUCAUUUUCGGUGAUAUUUUCGUCGUCGUUUUGUGUUUUUCCAUUCAAAAGAAAAGGGUUGAUAGUAAAAUAAUUAAAUUUUCUUUCUGUGAAAAAAAGUAAAAAAAAAGAAAUUUUUAUAUAUUUACGGUGAUUAUUUUGACAGAAGAUGUUUUUGUGGAUUGAAAAGCCGCAUCUUUGAGUUGAAUUUUCAUUUGAGUCGGUUUUUAUUUUGUGUGUUUUCUCUUGUUAUUUGUUAUCUUCCCCACCACACCACCAAAAACAACAAUCAGUGCUGUCAAAAUUGUUGUUGAAUUAUUUGUGAUUUUAUUUAUUUAUAAAAAUAUUUUGUGUGUGUAAAAUUGAUUAAAACGUUCCUAAGUACAAAGUGGAAGUGGGUAUUCUCCUUGUGUCAGCCGAAGCUAGAAGCUGCAAGAGAAAUCUAAUCAAAAAUUAAAAGAAAUAUAUAAAACUUGUUAUUUUCGGGACAUAAAUUCAAGGAAUUGCACAGGAAAAAUGGGAUAAUGGCGGCUAAAUUGGAUACAAUGGGAGUAGAAUUUGAGAUAAACAAUAGAAGAACAACAAAUGCUCCUCCAUCAAUUUGGGAUCGACUGCCAUACAACAUAGGAAUGGAGUUGCAUCACUGUGCAUCAUCUGCAGCAGUUAAAAACGAUGCCAACGAUGACGAUUACAACGCUCACAAUAGCUCGUUUAACUGCUAUCAAGAACUAGUGCACGAUACUCGACAAUUAUCAUUGCUCCCGCCGCCAUCGCCGCCGAUGUCGACGUUGACGUCGUCGCCUCCUUCGCAUCAAAUCAAUGAUGAUAAUGAUGAUGAUGAGAAGGAUUCUCCUUUCAAAUUUAAUGGCAGCAGAGGGGAAGGCAAUAGCCAAGGGCCAACACGUAUUCCUCUGCCAUUAAACUAUACCCACCAUCAACACCAGAAGCAUCAACUUCAGCAGCUCCAAGAGCAACAACAACAACAGUAUCAGAAAAAACAUUACCUCCUUCCUCUACUCCUGAAUGAUAAAAAAAUCGAUAGAAAUUUUAAAAAUUCAAAAUCGAUUACAUCGAUACCACUGCUAGAUGAUGACAACUACGACGAACUCCAGCAUUUCAAAAAGGAAGAGGUAAGCGACAAGGAGGAGGAAGAGCAGCAGCUCCACCAUCAAAAUACCGAAACAGAUUCGUUAGUGACAUCAUCGCUUGACGACGAUGACGACGACUACGACGUGGAAGUGGAUGACUUGAAGUUACUGCUGACAUCAGCAUCACGAUUGAACCAUGAUGAUGAGGACGAAGGAACGAAGGACAAUAGACGAACAUGUACUAAAAAUUUUCCUGUAGAUAAUAGAAUAUCUAAUAAAAAGAAUUUAGUUAUAAAAUUUAAUGAAAGCCAAUCGGCGACGACCGCGACGGCGACGGUGCGGAGAAAAACACCACCAUCAUCGUCGGAAGCAGUAUCAUCAACAUCAUCAUCAGCUGAAGCAGCACCAGCAGCUAGGUCGUGUUGGACUGUGAUGGAAAAUGCCGCUACUACCGCUGCUGCUGCUUCUACUUCUACUGCUGCUGACGUCGUCGACGUUGUGGCCAACGCCGAUGCUGCUAAAUACGCCAAUGGCGCUUCUGAUCAUCAUCGUGAUUGCGAUGAUUAUAGUGAUAUGACUGCAACAACAACAACGAGAAUUCUAGGGACAACCCUAACAUCGUCGUCGAAAGCGACAGCGAACACAUCAACUUCUAUGGUGGGAUCAAUGUCACGAAGAUUGAAUUGCUGCCCGACAGCAAUGUCCGCGUCUUCGUCGUCAUCGGGAUCUCAAUUCCAAACAACAUCUACAUCAUCAACUUCAACAAUAAUAACAACAAAAACCCCAACAACAAUUUCAUCCGCAUAUGCAACUACAACCGCCGCCGCCGUGAUUGUGACCGCGUUGCCCGAUGUCUUGAGGAAGUUCCACAUUUCAAUGCGAAAGGAUAAGAAAACGAUGACAGCAGUGACAGCUUUGUAUUUAAUUUUGUAUAUAUUCACAUCAGCGAAAUGCAUGGCAGCUAGGCAAGAUGCAUCAAAUUGUACGUUUCCACAAAGAUGGGAGGGUUCAUGGUUUCUAUCUGGCUAUCAACAAUCAAUACAUAUUAAGGGUUCACAAUUUAGUUAUCGGGGUAAAUGUGCUGCUUCGGAUGGUAACAAAUAUUUAAUAGUUGACGAGAAAGGAUGUCAUCGGUGCCUGGUUAUCUAUGAGAAACAUAAAAAUGUUCUACAAUAUAAAGAAAGUGAGUGCGAAGGUGACAGUAUGUAUAUGCAUCAGUCGAAUCCAUCUGCAAUGGCAAUGCGUAGCAUAUUGAAAAGUGAUCAUAGGGGGGGAGCUCAUCCCAAUUUGAACGGGCAUUCAAGACUAUCCUCAUCGGAUCAGUAUAUUAUGAGAUCCAAUGAUGAUAUGAAUGAUUAUUUUUGUAAGGGCCGUGAAACGUUACAAAACCUCUGCGAUCAAAUACCUGGUGAUGCUUUACUUUAUAGUUUAUUCAGAGAAAAUGCUGAACCUGUCAAGUGUCCUUUAAAAGGUCCAUUUGUCUUUACCUAUAAUCGUGGUCAUGGCGAGUGUAAAAGUCCUGUUUCAAACAUCGAAAGUUGUACCGAGGAUAGUCGUUUAUUGUUGAGUUUUCAAGCAUGUCCAGAUGUUCAAGGCACUGAAAGUACAGUUGAAGAACUAACGUGCCUAGCCACAUGGAAGGAUGGUAAUUCAAGAUAUUUGGUCGGUCUGGUGUCACAUCAUCAUGCGAUAUCCAACGAAGAACGUUACAGAUGUUUUGUCUAUGAAAAAAUUUCAUCACUAAUGGGUGGUCCUGGAAUGCUGAGUUCAAAGGAUGCCGAAUAUAAAUUGGCGCAAUCAGGAGACGCAACGUGUAAUGGACUUGAUAGUGCUGAGGUUGGGUCAAGAAUAAUGUCAUUACGGAAGCCUCCACCAGCGGAAAGAUGUGAUUUCCCAGUUUGGUUUAAAGGACCUAGACAUUGGCAUGCGCUGAUGGGAAAUUCUGUGUAUAACUAUCAUCCAAAUGACGGGUCAAUGCACAUCAUAAAACCAAAUGGAUACAUGGAGACAAGGGCGCUUUGUGAACAAAUCAAUAAGCAAACUGCUACCGAGAUGAUGGCCGUUGUGCACUAUACAACAGGGUGUCAAUCAGGAUUCAUGUGUAUGAUAUUCUAUCGUCGUGAUACUCAUGUGAUUGAAAUCCAAACUGGAAAACAAGCGUCUAGACUUGAAGAUGCCUGUGCUCCUGAUCACUUUGAUAUAAAUAAGAUGCCAUACAUAACUCUAUUGGCAAGCAAUCCAGAUCCUCAAAUUUGUCCAUUAGAAGGAUUAUAUCAUUUGCGUGGAGCCAUCGGACCACCAUACAUCUCGUCACGGCACAAACGUAACCAUAACAACAAUAAAGGACACACCCAACAUGGACAUCAUCAUCAUGAUGUCGUACAUAAGAGGCACACUACAUUAAGCCUACACAAUGCCGAAGAACUGGGACACACCUCAUGGCAUUCAAACACACGACCAGGAACAGGAACAGGAGGACUGGGGCUUGGACUAGGACAUCAAAUUAGAAACCGACGUGACGCAAAUUCACCAGCAUUACCAUCACCAUCAGUUGAAGUAUCGGGCGAAGCGCCACCACCAUCAUCUCUAUCGGCAUCAGCACCAUUGGCAUCGCCAGCAAUGCCAGCAAUAUCAUCGUCAUCAGGAUUGGCAUCAGUAUCGUCGUCAUUGAAAUCGUCGUUGUCGUCGUCGUCCUUGUCGUCGCCAUCCUCCUCGUUAUUGUUAGAAUCAAAAUCAGGAUCACCAUUGUCGUCGUUGGGUGCAAUCGAAACGAAUGAUUUGAAUCAGAAAACUCACGAUGAUGACGAUGAUGGUGAUACCACCAGUAGUUUAUUGUUGAAAUUACCUCCGAGACAAUUAAACCACGACAAUGUUCAAUCGGGAAGAAUUACAAUUGCCACUGACGAUGGCAGUAUCAGGACCAACGAAUUGGAGCAGCCGCCCCAUCGGCAACAACACCACCAACAGCAACGCCAGCGCCACCAGCAGGAUACAAUUGUAAGAGGCAUUAUUAGCAGCAACGGUAGUGGCAGUAGUUCUACCAAAAGCAUCAGUAGCAGUACCAAUGGAAGUGGAAGUGGCAGUGGAAGAGGCAACAGGAACACGAGCAGUAGCAGCAGCAGCAAUAGGGAAAGUGUUAUGCAACGGAACAAUACAACGACCAGCAAGUUGCUGGCGCAACGUAGCAGGCGGGAUGCACCCGGAUGCAUUGUCAAUUACAAAGCGCAGCGACAAUUGUGGAUCGGAUGUACGGGGCCGAAUUUAAUCGAUGUCCGGCCGCAAUGUAACGAAGAUGGAGACGAGGAAUAUUCAUGCCAUGGUUCGUGGUCGGAAAAUGGAACGGUGUACGUAAUAGCCCGACACAAGGGUACGAAACAUGGAGUUUGCAUUAGUUAUCGACCGUUAGAAGGUACAGCAGCCAAGUUGGUAAUUGGUGAUGCAUGUUAUAGGGGCGUUUUAAAACCGCCGGAACAUCAUUUGGUCGCCAACCUGACCGUACUUGGUAAAUGUGGUGAUACAAGCUCAGCGUACAUAGUACACGCACCUUCCACCUCAAUUUUAGCGCUUUUUCUUAGCCUGGCAAGCGUUUUCCUACCUAUUCAACAAAUAAUGUUCACUAAUAGAUGACUUCAACGACAUCCUAAUCAACAUUCAAUUAGGUUAUAAAAAAUAAUUUAAUUUUCUUUUUUCCAAAAAACAUAUAUAUUUUUUAUUUUAUUCUUUAAUUUUUUUUUACUUAAAUGAGAUAAGAGAACACAGCUAUAUAUUAUAUAUAAAAAAAAAGUAAAUUAAAAAACAAAAAGGAUAUAAUUAUUGUAUAUGUAAAACUCAAAAUAUAAAGUUGUGUAUUUAAAUUAAAAUAAAAAUUAAUGAUAUUUUUAAAAUAAUAACAAAAACAAAAAACUUUCACACAAAAUAAAACAAAACAAAAAACAACAACAACAAAAUAAAAACAUAAAUUUAAUGCUAAGACAAAUGUAAUUUAAUCUAAGCUAAAUAAAAUAAAGAAAAGAAAAAUACAAAAUGAAAAAAUGAAAAAAUGAAAAAAGAAAGAAAAAUAAAAAAAGAAAUGAAUAUAAAUGGUAAAAAGUUUUCUAAAAGAAAUCACAAACAAUUUACGAUAUAAGUAUAAACACAUUUUAAAUGCAAAUUGUGAAUAUAUAAGCUGCAUUAUUUUAAGAAAAACAAAACAAAAACAAAAAAUUACUAAGCAAACUUCAAUUAAAUUAAAAAAAAAAAACGAUACACACUUUGGAGAUUAAAAAAUAAAAAAAAAUUAAUUAAAAAGAUUGUGUUUUAAGUUCAUUGAACAUUUAAAAAAUAAAAGAAAU